UCAUAAAUAACUUCCUGCUGAAGAAAUCGACGGCGCUCGGCACCCACUAUUCAGCCACUAGGACCCCACGUUAACGUUCUGUUCUACGUUUGUAGCACCGUUGGAAAGGUAUAUUACUUCGAAUAAAAUGUCAACGAAAAGCACUAAAGGUGUCCGUAAACUUGAACGCCCACGUCCACUGCGAUCGAGCUCCGAUACUGACAAGUCUCCAUCCUCUCUUCUUAGUGCAGCAGAGAGUAUGGCUAUGUCACUUGACACGAACGCUCAAUGCUCUGUAAAUGACGAAGAUUUGCUAAUGGAGAUUGAAAUGCUUCACGUCUCAUUGAACAAUGGAAAUUAUGAUAGUACCAUACAGGCUCUAAUUGCCAAUGUCUGUGAGGCACUCAAAGUGAAAGGAGCUACCAUGGAAUCGUCCUUUCAAGAUCAAAUGGACUGUUAUUUUGUCACGCUGCGUAAUGCAUCGCGGGAUGAAAGGCUAGAUGCGAUAGCUCGCCUGAGGCUCCUUGAAGUGAUUGAGCUGCGAGCUUCUGGAUGGAAGGGAAUCGAUUUAGUCGAAUUUUUCAAGUGCAAGUUCGCAGAAUCUGAGCCUCAGCAAUAUCAACAGCAGCAGCAUCAUCAACAGCAGCAGACGCAGCAAAGUCAGCAGCAGCACCCCAUGGCACCUGUUGCACCUGCAACAUCACCACCACUCUCGCUACAGCCAACAGAAGUGUUGAAGAGCUCGGGGAAGUUUGGUAAACCUGCAAAGAUUCCAGGCCGAAACUUUCUCAAAGAUGAAAUUGUUAUUCGAAACUCUGAUUCCGGAAAAGUGAUGGGCAUCAAGGGGCGUCGUGUUCAUAUGAUUGAAGAGCUGAGUGACACGGUGAUCUCCUUCCAGCGAGUCAAUCCAGGUGUGCGGGACAGGCUCGUGCAGAUAACAGGCCCCAGUGAAGAGACAAUAACGCGUGCGAAGGAACUGAUUGAAGAUACUAUACGACGCAACGCAUCUCCAGUUCGAGAAAUGGGAGAUGAGGCGGCCAACAGUUAUGGCAUGGGAGCUAAAGAAACUUGCCAGAAGCCUUCGCUCGUACACAGUUACAGCAUGGGUGAUGCUAGUAUCGGGGAAUACACUGUCGCUGCUUCUGUAGGCAGGGAUACCCUCCGGAUCAGCGGACACAAGGCCGUCCUGGUUAAGGCUGCCAAACAGUUCUUAGAGAAAUACUUGUUGAACCAUGGUGAACUGAGUGAAAAGGUAGCUGCUGAGAUGCUCUCUGCACCAACUGAGGGAUCCUACAUGUCUCCAGAGGCAAACAUGCCUUCUAGUAACCGAGGAAUGUCUGAGCUGUGCCCUGAAACGGCAUCAUGGCAAGGGCUUGGUGUAAGGAGAAACAGUGGUCCACCUAGCAGCCAUACUAGCAGCUCAAGUGAUGAGGAGACUUACAAGCAAGAUGGUGAACAGGAAUUUUCGGAGAGCAACUUACAGCCUAUGGCAAAGUGUACCAGUGAUUCUUCGGACAGCGUCGCAAGGUUCACGGGGCUGUUUGAGGAGCGCCAUGAACCGGAGGUCUGGGUGCAGAAUGUCCAAUCGUGUCUUCACCAUCUGUCCCAGCAAAAGCUCACAGGAGCCACGGCCGGUGACUUCAUAAGGUGUGGUCCGAUACUGAAAGAGUAUGCGGGCGACCUGCGUAUGGAAAUCCCACACCUGGCUCUUCUUAGGUUUCUCCUUAAUCGUCUGCACCACCCGCUCUGCUGCACCGCAGGGAAGCCCCGCGUGCAGCAACUGCAGGACCCUGGACCGGAGGCUUUGUGGGAUCACCACCCUGGAACUCCAAAGGACCGGGUACUGACUGGUCAUCUGCGACACAGCAGACCUGGAGAUUACCUCACGGUACGCAUGCUCCAGCAUGAGCAAUUCAGCUGGCUCUGGAACAGCAGCAGGCACCUCUGGCAGCGGCAACCGGCUCAGGGCAUCAGCAGGCCCCACGUUUUUUCCAGGACGAAUAGCUUCAACAUUACGGGGGGCCGGAGUCAGGCUGGCCUCGGAGAUCAUGUGUCCCAGGUAUUCUACACUAGGAAGCAGGAACACGCACUUUUCCCACCUGAGACCAGCAUCCUGAAGUCUGGCCAGAACAUUGUGAAGAUUCUGCAUGUGGUCUCCAUCGUCAAUACCGGUGACGAGGAUAUCCUCCUGGGUGACCCCGCCCGAGGGAGUCCGAGGCCGGACUCCCUCGGGCACAUGGAUGGCAGCAGUCGUACCGGCGAAUCUGCCCAUCCCUGGCUUGAGCCGGUUGCUUUCUGGCUCUCUGGCAGCCGAAUACCCAGUGUGCAAAUCCAAUUCCUGCAGAGCAGCGUCGGUGACAGUCAAAUACAGAGGAAGGGUAGCUUCCCUGCUGCCAAAACGAACACUGACCUGGGCCUGGCCUUGGACCAGGGAAAGCUCACCCGAUUUACUUCGCAGCAUGAUGCUGACGGCCACUCCAGGGAAGGUCCUUUUGAAAAGUUUGACAGUCAUGACCGACACACUAGCCCCCGUGUCCAGUUCCGUGGAAAUGGGGCGCCCGCAAACUUUGACGCUUCCGUUGACGCCGCACGGCCAUUCUCGCCGGCGUUGUUUGUCGCCGCGUCCAUCGCCAGCGCUGCUUUCACCACGUCAUCCAGCGGGGAGUCGGGAAGUUCCUGGAGAUGCGUCUGUAUGCCGGGGUUGUUUAUGCUGCAGGCGAAACAGUCUCGUAGCAAGUCCAGCUGGUCCCCGAAAGAUGAGGAAAAGAGAGUGAACAUGUCGCCUAAGCACGUAUCUCGGUCGAGCAGCGUAGUGAAGAACUUACCUGCACAAAUCGCCACAAAGACGUCAAGUAUUGUUGAGGUGCCUGGUCAGCCGACCAAACAGUUCAAGCGAUCUGGGAGCUCACCAGAGUUUUCUGCCAAGGCUGACCAUCCUCAAGUGCCUUCAUCUGCUUCGUUAGAUGCUUCUGAUGCACCCAUUGAACCAGCGGCUGUGCGCAAAUGCUAUUCGCGAGAUGCUCUUCUUCAGAUGUCACUCUCGCCAUUGGCCACGCAGAUGCCUCCCGAUUUCCCAUCAUUGGACCCCGAAGUGGCGAAUGUGAUGGUAAAGCAGCACAUCACACCUUUUGACUCUGAUGGAUUCCGGCAACGGAUGAUGCGUCAGGCCUCAGUCUCCGACUUUGUCUCAAGUUCUCCAGUUUCAUCCACACCACCGCGGUCUGAUGUAUCAGAGGUGGAAGACUCGAGUGUUGCCUGAAGAAUGCCUGUGUAGAAUGAAAGCACAUUUUGUUUUACCAUUUAAAUACUUUUAAUUUAGGUCAUAACACUACUCUCAGUGACCUGACAAAAGUUUGUAAUAUGU